AUGGCAAACCCAGAACAGGGAAACCAAACGUCCAUCACAGAAUUCAUCCUCCUAGGAUUCGGGGACCUCCCAGAACUGCAGAUUCUUCUCUUCCUGCUGUUCCUAGUGAUCUACAUCGCGACCGUGACAGGGAACAUCCUCAUCAUGGCACUAGUUGUGGCUGAUCGACACCUUCACACCCCCAUGUACUUCUUCCUGGGGAACUUGUCCUGCUUGGAGACCUGCUACAGCUCCACCAUCCUGCCCAGGAUGCUGGUUGGUCUUCUGACUGGGGACAGGACUAUUUCAUUCAAUGGCUGUGUCAUACAAUAUUAUUUCUUUGGUUCUCUGAUUGCAACAGAAUGCCUUCUCCUCUCAGUGAUGUCUUACGAUCGGUAUUUAGCCAUAUGCAAUCCACUGCACUAUGCAGCCCGUAUGAGUGGCAGGGCCUGCCUCCAGCUUGCAGGUGGCUCUUGGCUAGGUGGCUUCCUAGGUAAUAGCAUAACAACAUUGUCGAUAUCACAGUUAACGUUCUGUGGCCCCAAUGGUAUUGACCAUUUUUUUUGUGAUUUCAUCCCCCUUGUAAAGCUUUCCUGCAAUGACCCUCACCUGAUGGAAACGUUGGCUUUCAUACUCACCUUCCUUUUAUCUCUUGUCCCGUUCCUGCUUACCUUGAUGUCCUACAUCUGCAUCAUCUUCACAAUCCUGAGAAUCCCAUCCACCACUGGGAGGCAAAAGGCCUUUUCCACCUGCUCCUCCCACCUCAUUGUGGUGAGCAUUUAUUAUGGAACUCUGCUGAUUGUCUAUAUGUUCCCUACCACCGACAUCUUGAAUGACUUCAAGAAAGUUCUCUCUGUCGUCUAUGUUGUCCUAACUCCCCUGGUCAAUCCUCUCAUCUACAGCCUGAGAAACAAAGAGGUCCAGGAGGCCUUGAGGAAAACUUGUGGGAAAUUCAUGCUUGGGCUACGCUAA